AUGGGUGAUAGUGAUGAUGAUUUUGAUAGUCGACGAAAUCGAGAUAAAUUUCGCCGUGAACGUGAUGAUUUUGGUGGAAAUCGAGGUAAUCAUAAUCGUGGUGGUGGAGAAUGGAAUGAUGGAAGAGAUCGACCAAAUCAAUUUCGCCGACAAUAUCCUGGCGGUCCACCACCAGGACGUGAUUUCCCACCAAGAUACAAUCGAAGUCCUGCAAGAUAUGAUAUGAGUCCACCACAAAAUAAACGUUUUCGUCGUGAUUGGGAUGGUUCCGAUCAACCACCAUCUCAUUUUGAUCCACCUGGUGGUUCACCUUAUUUUCAUGGUGGUGGUGGUGGAGGUGGAGGAGGAGGAGGAUUUCAUCCAAAUUUUCCAUUAAAUGCACCUUCAAAUACUGAUCAAUUAACUAAAGAAUCAACUGAUAGUACAACACAACCACCAUUGCUUAGUUUUAAAAACUUUCUUCUUGAUCAAGAUGAUAAUAUUGAUCAAGAAGAAGCUGUUAAACGUUAUAAUGUUUAUAAAACAGAUUUUAAAAAAACUCAAAUUGCCGAAUUUUUUACAGCACAUAAAGAUGAAGAAUGGUUUAAAUAUAAAUAUCAUCCAGAUGAAUAUCCAAAACGUCGUGAAGAACAAAGACAAAUAAUUAAAAAACGAUUAGAAAUAUUUAUGGAUCUUUAUAAUAAAGGUUAUCUUACUGAUGUUAGUGUUGAUAUUGAUAGUCAACGUGCUCUUACA